AACGCAAUGAGAACUGGUUAGUGGUUGCCAUGUGGUCUUCUGUCUCUCUCUUCCUCUCCCCCUGAUCGGGUCGAUCGUGUGCUACACGAAGCGUUGACAGAGGACAAUCUUCAUGUUAUUUACAAAAUAACUCGAGGACACAACGAGAUCCAUCGAGAUUAAUAAUAAACAUCUGAUAGAACAGAUAAACAGUUGAUCCCAGCCUGAUUGGCAGCUGUUCCAAUUCAUAUGAAUCAAUGAUCCUGUCAACUUAUUGGUUAUAAUAUAUUGCACAAGAAGAGCUUUGAGGAUUUAUUUGGGACGAAUUGUACGAUAUACAUUGAUAAUUUUAGCUUUCAUUUGAUAAGGAUAAAUAUACGAUUUUAACGCGAUGCCAGAGACGGCCAAUGACAAUCUGACCACCUUGAAACGCAGUCAUGUUUUCAUGAGGAAUCCCGAUAAUGUCAAGAGAAUCAUCGAGAGAAUCAGGAGGGAUGGGCCUGAUAAACUUCAGAUUAUCAGCGAUUUUGAUCAGACUAUCACCAAACAACAUGUUGAUGGAAAAUGCUUGCGCAGCAGUUUUGGAAUUUUUUACAAAUGUAAGCAAAUACCGUCGGAAACCAAAGCGAUGUCGACAUCGCUCUACAACAAAUACCACCCAAUGGAGUUGGACCCUGACCUCGACGAGGAGUCAAAGAUCAAGGCAAUGGAGGAUUGGAUGAUCGAGACUCAGAAUCUGCUCAAGGACUUUGAGUUUGACACAUCGGAGCUCGAUGACGUGGUCCAGAUCCACGGAUCCUUCUUGAGGGACGGAACGCGGGAGCUCCUCGAGAGGUUACAAGCCGCCAAUGUCCCAGUGCUAGUGUUCAGUGCAGGCCUGGGAGAUGUCGUUGAACAAGUCCUCAGACACCACAACGUCUACCUGAACAACGUCAAGAUCAUCUCGAAUUUCCUCAAGUUCGCGGAGAGCAAACUCGACGGAUUCAAGAAUGACGUGCUCAUUCACGUGUUCAAUAAAAAUGAAAAGGUUCUUGAUUCGGAGUACUUUGAGCUUCUGGAGGGGAGGAACAACGUCAUCCUCAUGGGGGACAUAACGGGGGACGCCACAAUGGCCGAUGGCGUCAACGAUUGCCAAGCUGUUCUCAAAGUUGGGUUUUUAUACGGAAAUGUGGAGCAGCGUCUUCCAGCCCACAUGGAGGCCUUUGACAUCGUCCUAGUUGACGACCAGACAAUGGACGUCGUCAACGAAAUUUUAAACGAAGUGUUUUGACAAUUUUUAAGACAUAUUCCACGCACCGAGGAUCAUUGAACCUCUCUCGAGAAAUGGAGAGGCAUAAAUCAACUAUUGUAUUAGGUCAUACUUUUAUCGACAUCUUUUGAAAUGUAAUUUAUUCGCCUCGCUGUGUCGAUCGUGUUACAACGAAUGAUAUCGAUAUAUAUUUUGUAUUUUUUUUCUGGAUACUUUAAGAGUACUUUUUUCUCAUCUGUUGUGACAGAAUGAAAUAAAUUGUGGAGAUGGAAGGAGA